AUGUUCAGGCUGCUGGUGCUGGUGCUGGUUCUGGUUCUGGGGCUUUGGACAUGGAUGAGUUCAGCACUUAUCAGGGUCCCUCUGAGACGGGUGCGUUCGAUUCGUUCCCAGCUACGAACCGAAGGCUUGCUGGAGGAGUUCUUGAGGGAUCACCGCCCUGACAUGUUCAACCGCCGCUUUGCUCAGUGUUUCCCGCCCGGCACGCCGUCGCUGCGACUCGGACGCUCCAGCGAGAAGCUCUACAACUUCAUGGACGCUCAGUAUUAUGGAGACAUCAGUUUGGGGACACCGGAGCAGAACUUCUCUGUGGUUUUUGACACCGGCUCAGCUGAUCUCUGGGUGCCGUCGUCCUACUGCGUCAGCCAGGCCUGCCUACUGCACAGGCGUUUCAGGGCGUUUGAGUCGACUACGUUUCGUCAUGAUGGUCGGAUGUUUGGGAUUCACUACGGAUCGGGACACCUGCUGGGAGUCAUGGGCAGGGACACACUGAAGGUGGGUACACUAACCACCCUCAACCAGGAGUUUGGGGAGUCGGUCUACGAGCCUGGUACCACAUUUGUGAUGGCCCGGUUUGAUGGUGUGCUGGGGAUGGGAUACCCAUCCCUCGCAGAAAUCCUCGGAAACCCUGUUUUCGACAACAUGUUGGCGCAGAAGAUAGUGGAUGAGCCAGUCUUCUCCUUCUACCUCAGCAGGAGAACAAGUAGUGGCAACCCAGAGGGUGAAUUGUUGCUAGGUGGAACAGAUGAGUCGUUGUACAUCGGACCAAUUACCUGGAUUCCAGUGACUGCUAAGGGAUACUGGCAGAUUAAUAUGGACAGUGUGGCAGUGCAGGGUACGAGUUCGUUUUGUCCUCGUGGUUGCCAGGCGAUUGUCGAUACAGGAACCUCCCUAAUUGCCGGACCGACCAAUGACAUCCUCAACCUUCAGCAGCUGAUUGGAGCCACACCCACAAACAUUGGAGAGUUUCUCAUCGACUGUGUCAGGUUGUCCAGUUUGCCUCAUGUGACAUUCGUCCUCGGAGGAAAAGAAUACACGCUGACUGCUGAACAAUAUGUUAGGAAGGAAAUGCUUGGCGACAGGGAGUUGUGUUUCAGUGGAUUCCAGGCUGUGGACAUUGUUUCCCCUGAGGGCCCUCUGUGGAUUCUGGGAGAUGUAUUUCUGACAGAGUACUACACUGUUUUCGACAGAGGACAGGACCGGGUCGGUUUUGCACCUGCUAGGCACCCAACCGAGCAGUAACC